GAAGUGUUCUUUUAUACAUUGGCCUCCCUUGUUGGGCCUGAAUUACGCAAGGAGCGGUUGUAGUCCACGAACACCGCUUGGUCCUCAGUUCUGCACACCGUUUUGUGGAGACCCUUGAACAACAUAUACCAUACACCCUUACGCUAACACUCUGACGCCACAAAUAAUCUGUUCCCCCUGGCUGCUGUAAGGCGGCGGACAAUCUUCAUCAACGUUUUGAGCUCUACCCCAACAGGGACUUCAACGGCUGCGGCACAGAUUGCUGCCUAGACGCCCCGAUGUUCAACCCGAAUGCCCCGGCUUUCCAACCACCUGGUAUGGGGUUACGUCCCAUGGGCGGUGGAGGCUUUGGUGGAGGCUUCAAUAGCGCAGAGACUGCUGCGAUCGAGGACAUGCUCGAGCGCCUUUCGCUUGCUGUGAAGGAGGAGGCCGCAUCAGCUGCAGCUAAGCCUGCUCCUAAGCCCGCUGUCAUGAGCGCAGCGGCGGCGGCACCCAAGCCUGCUAUGGCUGGUGGCAUUAAGAUCAUCAAGGCUAGUGGUCCUGCACCCGCCGCGGCACCGUCUCCGGCAGGCAUAUGGGGUGCUAGCACGGCCAGCCGCAGCGGCGCCAAAGGGGGCGCCGGCGUAAGCCGCGAUAAGGCGGCAGAGGAGAUUGGCGAGUAUGUUAAAGCCCGCGGCAUUACCUCGCUUAAGUCCUCCGGCCUCCAACGGCGACUGGAGAUCAUGGCCGAGGACCAAAACAACGCCACGGCACGCGAGGCUGCCAUGCUGGCUUUCGCGGCCCUGUGCGACUGCGUGGGCUCCUCGGUUGAGCCCUUCGUGGCGCCCGUGCUGUCCGUGUUCCUGGAGCGCCUGGCGGACAAGGCCACCAGCGUGCGCGGCGCCGCUGACACCGCCUGCCAGUCCUUCGCCCGGCUGCUGCACCCUGAGGCGGUGCCCCGCUCGCUGCCCGCCAUCCUGGCCGCCACCUCGCCCAGCCGCAAGUGGCAGUGCAAGGAGGGCGCAUUCAAGAUGAUUGCCACGCUGUGCGAGACGGCGCCGGAUGCGGUGCAGGCUGCCCUACCAGACAUCGUGCCGGUGGUCAGCGAUGGCAUGGUGGAUGCCCGUGACGAGGUGAAGGAGGCGGCGGUGGCGGCUGCGGAGAGCUCCUUUGCGCUCGCGGGUAACCGCGACAUUGCGCCCUGCAUCCCCUCCUUCCUCUCCUGCAUCCGGAAGCCCAAGGAGACGGCGGACGCGAUCCUCAAGCUGAGCGGCACCACAUUCGUGCAAGCCGUGGAGGCCCCCGCCCUGGCUGUGAUGUGCCCGCUGCUGAUCAAGGGCCUAAAGGAGGAGACGGCCAUCAAGCGCAAGGCCGCCAACAUCAUCUCCAACAUGUCCAAGCUGGUCACCAACCCCGCGGAUGCGGACACCUUCCUGCCCAAGCUGAUGCCGCGUCUGGAGGCUGCCGCCAAUGAGACGCCCGACCCCGAGUGCCGCUCCGUGUGCGCCUCCGCCGCCGCCACGGUGCGGCGUGUGGCCGACGCCGCCGCCGCCAGCCGCGAGGCGGAGGCGGAGGAGCGCAAGCAGCUCAAGGAGGCGGAGGUGGAGAGCAUGUUGCGGGAGGUGCUUAAGGCUAACGGCGCUGACCCAGCCGAGGACGACCUGCUGGCCACCGCGGUGGCCUACUGCGCCUCCAUUGCCACCAACCUGGUCAACAAGCGGUCAACGGACGCCAUCAUGUGGCAGGACAAGAUCGUGGAGCCCUACCUGCUCACCUUCCUGCCGGGUGGCGAGGCCACCGCCGCCUCCGUCGCCACCGCCUGGUCCUCCCGCUGCGAGGCCGCCAGCCACGUGGUGGUGGACCUGGGGCUGUCGGACGACGAGGACGGCAUGGUGCUGUGCAACUGCGAGUUCUCGCUGGCCUAUGGUGGGGGUGGUAAGAUCCUGCUGAACAACGCGCGGCUGCGGCUGAAGCGCGGGCGGCGGUACGGUCUGUGCGGCCACAACGGUGUGGGCAAGACCACCCUCAUGCGCGCGAUUAACAACGAGAAGGUGGAGGGCUUCCCGCCCAAGGAGGAGGUGUGCUCGGUGUACCUGGAGUCCGACAUCGACCCCGCCCUGGUCGAGCUGUCCAUCGUGGACUUUGUGUUCAACGACCCCACGCUGCGAGUCAAGGCCCAGCCCCCGAGCAUGGAGGAGGUGGUAGCCAUGCUCACCAACGUGGGCUUUGACGAGGCGAAGCAGAAGAACCAAGUGGGCUCGCUGUCGGGCGGCUGGAAGAUGAAGCUGGCGCUAGCUCGCGCCAUGCUCAUGAAGCCCGAUAUCCUGCUGCUGGAUGAGCCCACCAACCACCUUGACGUGGUCAACGUGGCCUGGCUGGAGGACUACCUGACAAAGGUCAUCCCGCACGUGACCUGCCUCAUCGUGUCGCACGACUCCUCCUUCCUGGACACCGUCUGCACCGACAUCAUCCACUACGAGACCCGCAAGCUCAAGUACUACCACGGCAACCUGUCGGAGUUUGUCAAGGUCAAGCCCGAGGCCAAGUCGUACUACACGCUGGCUGCUGCCACGCUGCGCUUCAACUUCCCCAAGCCCUCCUUCCUGGAUGGAGUCACCAGCGGCGAGAAGCCCAUCCUGUCGAUGAAGAAGGUGACGUUCACGUACCCCGGCUGCCCCAAGCCUCAGCUGGUGCAGGUCACGUGCGCUUGCCGCAUGUCCUCCCGCGUGGCCAUCCUGGGCCCCAACGGUGCCGGCAAGUCAACCCUCAUCAAGCUCAUGACGGGAGAGCUCAAGCCCGACGUCGGCACUGUUUCCAAGCACGUCAACGUGCGUGUGGCCUACGUGAGCCAGCACGCGCUGCACCACUUGGAGGACCACCUGGACCUCACGCCCAACCAGUACAUUCGCAAGCGCUACCUCAAGGGAGAGGACAGGGAGGAGGAGCACAAGGUGACCCGCGUGCUGACCCCUGAGGAGGAGGAGGCCAUCAAGAAGCAGAUCUGGGUCAUUGACGGCCAGAACCGCGUGCUGGAGAAGCUGCUGGGCCGCCGCAAGAAGAAGAAGAGCUUCGAGUAUGAAAUCAAGUGGGUGGGUCUGAGCUCCAUCGAGUUCAACCGCUGGACCAUGCGGGAGGUGCUGGUGGAGCGCGGCUUUGAGAAGCUCUGUCGCGAGAUGGACGACAAGAUCAACGCGGAGAAGGGCGAGUCGGCGGCGCGGCCACUCACACUUGCCAGCAUCGAGCAGUACCUGCAGGACUUUGGCCUGGAGCCGGAGUUCGGCACGCACAGCGCCAUCCGCGGCCUGUCGGGCGGGCAGAAGGUGAAGCUGGUGCUGGCUGCGGCGCUGUGGCACUGCCCGCACCUGUUGGUGCUGGACGAGCCCACCAACUACCUGGACCGGGACUCGCUGGGAGCGCUGGCGCAGGCGAUUCGGGAGUUUGGCGGCGGUGUGGUGAUGAUUAGCCACCACAACGAGUUUGUGGGUGCGCUGUCGAAUGAGGUUUGGCAGCUGCAGGACGGCAAGCUCACGUGCCAUGCCAAGUCGGCCGGUGCGGAGGAUAACGGGACGGCGUAAGCGUGCUGCUGCCGACUCGUAGCGUCUGCCCUCCCUGGCGCGUUACGGGGGUCAUGAAGUGCUUGCCCGAGGGCGCUUGAUUGCGCCCUGUUCAUCCUCUUCGUCGUGUUCUGUGUAGUCCCGGGGGUGGUGCUAGUUGCCGCGGUGGGGUGGCCUGGCGCGACUGUUUGCAUGGCAAGAGGGCUUUGUUUGGUGAGGAGUGUGGAGGUUUCUUAGGUGUAGGGGUCGAGAACAGAGUGGACGACUGAGUAUUGUGAGUCUGUGAGAGGGAUGAUGACGGCUGGAGAAGAAAAGAUACGUACACGUUUAUGAAUGCAAGGGGAGCAUGAGUUUGGGGAAUGGGAGCCUUACACUUGGGGCUUGUUUGGUACACCCGGGUUAUACAUGAUCUGAUUUUGGGUUGGUGCUGCGAUAAAGAGAUGGCGCUACCCCGGGCCCAACGCCUACAGGUAUUCUGUGCGCGUGGGACGGCAGGUCCUCUGAAGUAGGUGCGUAGCGGUAGGCUCUUGUUUUCCCGUAAUGGUUUCCCGUCUACGUGGACGAGAUACCGAGAUACGGUGACCACUGGGUAAAGGGUGGAUGGGUCUGUCUCACAUUUGUGUGGGACCUGACCGUUCGCGUAUGGUCCCUGGGAAAGCUGGCUGAGCAGAAACGAAAGUGUGUGCACUCAAUCUCUACAGUUUCUUGGUGGUGCGUGUGUUGAGUGUGCAGACGCAUGUAGACAUGAAGAGCGGGGUUCCGCUUUCCUUUUUUACCACAUAUUUACUGCUGCUGCUUAUGCUGCUGCUUCAAUAGUUAUUCUUUGCUAUCACUGCUGGCUUGUGCCGAUGUCUUGACGUGUGGUGUGAACUUGGGAAGAUAACUUGGUGGCUUAUCCCUCUUCGUUGAUAUCGACGUGGGUGAAAUCCUUAACCCCGUGCUUUGGCUCCAUGACAGAAGGUGUGGUGAUACGGCGGAGUUCAUGCUCUGCUUGGGAUCCGGCGGAACGGGUUGCGAGAGGAACCGUACGGCAUGUUCGGGUACACUAGCGUUUGUUGCGCGCAGCCUUUCGGUGUACCCGUCCCGCUGAACGGUACGCUCCCGGCGGUGGUCGUAAAGACGCGGGUAUGUUAGCGUCGUAGGUAUUAUGAUACGGUAAUGGGCAGUCCUGGCAAGAAUGGUGGUCGGUUGGGGCUGACGAACCAGCCGUUAUUGUGAUGCAAUGACAAGUACGUCUGGCACAGGACUGUAACUGAAUGGUUGGCGGCAUGAACAGGUACCAU